AUGUUUCAUCAAAUUAAUGUAUUAUUUAUACUGAUAUUUUUAUUUAUAUUCAAGUCUGCCAUUUCUGAAAAGGUACCAGAGAAGAAUCAUAAUAUAAACCAAUAUUUUGCAAUAGAAAGUCACCUUAGUGCAGAUGAUCUUUUGAAACUUCAUUCUAACUGGAAAUUUGAACAUAAUGUGCGAGGUUUAGAAAACCAUUAUGUUUUCUCAAAGAAAUAUAACACAUUAUCAAGUCCAAUUCAAAAAAGAGAAGAUCUCUCUUCAUUAGAGGGUGUUUCUUCCUUUCAUGACCUUCCUCCAAUAACUUUACAAAAAAGACAACCCAUUCCUGUUCCUCCUAUCGACUCAAGCUUAUUACCAUUACAGGAGGCUGCUAAUAAACUUGGCAUUAAAGACCCAUUGUUUUCAAAGCAAUGGCAUUUGAUUAAUCCAAGUUUUCCAGGUAACGAUGUAAACGUAUCUGGUGUGUGGUUUAGUGGUAUUACAGGAAAGGGAGUUGUUGCAGCCAUUGUCGAUGAUGGUCUGGAUCAUAAUAGUGAAGAUUUAAAGGAUAAUUUUUGCGAAGAAGGUUCUUGGGAUUUCAACGAAAAUAAAAAAUUACCAACACCAAAGCUAAUUGAUGAUUACCAUGGAACACGAUGUGCUGGUGAAAUUGCUGCAGUUAAAAACGAGUAUUGUGGCUUAGGUGUCGCAUACGGUGCCAAAGUUGCAGGUAUAAGAAUUCUAUCAGGUCAAAUCACUGCUGAAGAUGAAGCUGCAUCGUUAAUGUAUGGUCUGGAUAUCAAUGAUAUCUUUUCUUGUUCAUGGGGACCACCAGAUGAUGGCAAACAUUUACAAGGACCAUCUGAUCUAGUUAAAAAAGCUAUGAUUAAGGGUACCCAAGAAGGCAGAAACGAAAAAGGUUCUAUUUACGUUUUUGCUAGUGGGAAUGGUGGACAUUAUGGAGAUAAUUGUAAUUAUGAUGGUUACACAAACUCUAUAUAUUCCAUUACAAUUGGUGCAAUCGAUCAUAAGGGCUUACAUCCUCCAUACUCCGAAAGUUGCUCGGCUGUACUUGCUGUGACAUAUUCUUCUGGUUCAGGUGAAUACAUCCACUCGACAGAUAUUAAAAGUCAAUGUUCAGAUAGACACGGUGGUACCUCAGCAGCAGCACCAUUGGCGGCAGGUAUUUAUGCCCUAGUUUUAGAAGCAAACCCUGAAUUAACUUGGAGAGAUGUACAAUACCUUUCAAUUUUAUCAUCCGUUGAAGUUCCAAAUCCAGAUGCUGAAUGGAGAAACGGUGCAUUAAAUAAAAGAUAUUCUCAUAGAUAUGGGUAUGGUAAAAUUGAUAGUUUUGCCAUUGUUGAAUUAGCUAAGACUUGGAAAAAUGUUAAGCCUCAAAGUUGGUAUUACCAUAAAACUGCCCGCCCGGAAUUGACAAGUAAUUCUAUCGAUAAAGUUCUAGAACAUGAAAUUACAAUCACAAAGAAAGAUUUGACAAAUGCAAAUUUAAAAAGAGUAGAACAUAUUACUGUUACUGUAGACAUAGAAGCUACUAGAAGAGGUGCCGUUGUCAUUGAUUUAAUUUCACCUUCAGGGAUGAUAUCUAACUUAGGUGUGCAACGUUCCCUAGACGUCUCUUCGGACGGAUUUAUCAAUUGGACAUUCAUGUCUGUUGCCCACUGGGGAGAGGAAGGAGUUGGUAAGUGGAAACUGAGAGUGAGGACCGUAAAAGAAGAGAAUGAAAUUAAAUUUCAUAAUUGGAGAUUAAAGAUUUUUGGAGAAAGUAUAAAUCCAGAGAAAGCAACUAAAUUUGUAUUUGGAAAUGAUAAAGAAUUAGAGGAGUUACGCACUUCUUCUACAACAUCUAUCAUACAAUCAAGUACUACGGUAUCAAGCACUUCUACACCAAGUAAAGAUGUACUUCCAUCUUCCUCUAUCACAUCAAGUCUCUUAUCUACAUCAAGCUCUACAAUAGCAUCUAUUUCCCACACGACUUCGUCAACUUUGAUACCGAGUGAAACAAAUGAUGCAAUAGAUUCUGAUUUAGAAGCUGAUCUAAAUACUCCAAACAAGUUGGAUUCUCCGAAAGAUUUCAUGCAUUACUUUUUAUCUAUAUUUUCUUUCGGUUGUGUUUUAUUAGCACUUUACUAUUUUUUCUUUUUGAACUCAAAGAGAAGAAUUAGAAGAUCUCGUGCUGAAACUUACGAAUUUGAUAUUAUUGACAGCGAUUCAGAUUUUGAUGAAACAUCUGAAAGCAUCAAUGGUGGAGAUGAUUUUGUAAUUGAUGAUACUUUUGAUUUUGAUUUAUCAGAUGAAGAUGCUGUGCCAUUAACUACAAAUGUUCAAGGCAUCGACGAACAAUUAUCUGAAUCCAAUGAUAUUACAAAACUUUCACCACAUAGUUCAAACAAUAAAUAA